AUGAUAACCCGGAAGAGACAGAUUGAAAAGGUGGAAUCGGUUUUCGAGAUAUGUGAAUGUCCCGAAGAGGUCAAGGUGAAGUUUUCAGCAUGUACAUUUGUUGAUCAAGCUCUCACAUGGUGGAAUGGACAUGUGGAGGCCAUGACUCUUCCCAUAUCCAAUGUCAUGCCAUGGGCAAAAUUGAAAGAAAUGCUAAUGGUCGAGUACUGCCCGCGUAGCGAAAUUCAGAAAAUGGAGCAAGAGUUAUGGAACCUCACAGUCCGAAACUCUGACAUCGAUGCUUACAUAUCAAGGCUUACUGAAUUGUCUCUGUUGUGCCCUGGAAACGUGACAGCUGCAAAUCCUGAAAACUUUGACAGCGCCAAGAGGUUGGCCAAUAAGCUGUACGACCACAAUAACAAAAAGGGGAAAAAGCAGGGGAAACUAAAAGCAAGAAGGAGAGUGAUAACAAGAAGAGAGAAUAACAAGCGGAAGGAACGACAAGGCUCAGAGUCAUCAAAGAAACAACAAACAGUGACAGUUCAUGCUGCAACCACCUAA